AUGACAUACCCACAGAGGGCAGAUGUUACAAAUGCUAACAUGUCGUUUUUACCUCCCAUACAGGUAAACUGGCCCCCCCGGCUCGCUGAGGACAUCCAGUUAUACGAUCCAGAGCACCCUCCCGACACCGGUCUCAACUUACUUUCAGAGACUCCUCCCGUCUAUCCCGACAAGACAGACAAACGUUACGAAUUUAUCUCGCCUGAUGCAUGCAAGCAUAAUUAUGUGACCAAAUCGAACCAAACUUUCCUGGCGCAGACAGACCAGCAACGCAGGCCCGGGACGUCCUCGAAGGUCUCCGCCAUAUGCUCCAAAUGUCGCUGUCACCUGCAGCUGGUCGUCAACCACAACAACACUGGAAGCUCAUUCACACGAUCCCAGAAAGGAGAUCACAUCCAUCACUUAGUCUAUAAAUCUGGGAGACAGAGAGGUAGCACGUCGGUGGAGGAGAUGACCACCAGCGGGCAAGUGGCCGAAACAUACCACUUUCAAUGCUCCCACCUCUCGUGCUCCGCUAUGGUGUCACUCCGAGUACUGUCACCACUAUUGAACAAGAAUUUUGUUCAAAUGCUGACAGAUGUCGAUGCGGUUCGCAAACGAGCAGACGAGGCAAUCGCAGCGAACCCGGAUCGCCUAGAAGGAAUGACUGGUCCUUUGCCAAUAACUGUGUUAGAUAAUCUUCGCAUCUAUCUCAACAACUCCCUACAUAACAAAGAGCUUAACAAGGACAUAUCUGCUAUUAAUAAGCGGUUCAUGCUUGCGUUUGGCCUAAAGGGCGCCCCCUGCAGGGAAGUGUUGGAGUUUUUGGGCUUUACCUAUCUCGAAAAUGGCGCAUGGCAGCCUCCAAAGCCGGAGCCGGAAUCGACGAAGCCUUACCAAGACGCCCUUUCCAUCUUCCUUGAUGACGCUAUCCAUGAACUGCAAGCCCUGAUACAUAAUCGACCGAACUCGGAGAAACGAGAAGUGCAAAUUCAACUCCCCCAGGCAUCCUCAAACGACAUCCUCCAUGCUUUAGAGGCAGCCGACUGUUUACCCGAAAUCUCUACAUGCAAGCAGUUUCGAUAUGCCACCUGCCCCGUUCGUUGCCCCCAUAGACCCAUACAUGCGAGCAAAACUGACAAGUUCGUUCUCCAAAGAUUUUACGAAGACCUCGGAGCCGUCGAAGAUAUGGAUGCUUCGUUGAUCGUGGAAGCCUACAAUCGUCAGAUCUCUGUGGAUCCAUCCCGAUCAUCACUGUAUUUGGAAUCACUCAAGGCUAUUGGCACUUUACGGCGUGGCCAGGACUGGGAGAUCAUCGACCAUGCAGCGCAGGUGGCCUAUGCGGAAGGCAAAUACACAAACGACGAUGUAAUCGAAGCGUACAAAUAUUUUGGGCUCUGGCAUGAUGAUCCAAACAUCACAGAAGACACUAUCAUAGGGAAAUUCUACGCCUUUCUGAGCUCGACUUCUCAUGAAACCGAAGCACGACAGCAGCUGUGGCGGAUUGGGAAUAGCAGAGGCAGCGAACGCAUCAAAGCUGCUUCAGAGGAUCGCGUGUCCACUGUCGAGCAAGCCCAGGUCUUCCUUGGAGUUGAUGACAAAACCCCCGAUGAUUUUAUCAUCACAAUGUACACGGCGAAGGUCAAUGACAACCCGUCAUGUAAGGAUACGGCUGAUCGGGCUGUCAAGCUCAUUGCGGAAUCUCGUAAAUCAAUCGGGUUGAACCAUUUUCUUAAUACCGGCGAAACAGUGUCAGGUGAAAUGGACAUUGGAGAUGCAUACCGUUUACUCCAAAUUCCAGACAGAACCGCAGAUGAAGAGGCAGUCAUGGCGGCUUAUACAAUUUGCAUCGAUGAUAGUCCUGACCAAGCCGAACUCUACAAUCGUGCAUUGAGUGUAAUCGCCAAAGAGAUGGAUAGCCAAUUGCUCAAAGGCAUGGCUGGUAUAUCCUCUGAUGUCAAUCAGAACCUGGCCGAAUGGCCCGUUGGCUUACAGAAUAUUGGCAACACCUGCUACCUCAACAGCCUUCUCCAGUUUUAUUUCUCUGUUCGCCCCUUCCGAGACAUGGUCCUUGAUAUUGAAAAGCACCAAAUGGAUCUGAACGACAUCCCAGGGCUGGCGAACAAGAAGGUUGGCUCGCGCAAGGUGACUGGAAAAGAAGUCCAACGAUCGCUCACAUGUAGGUUCAUCAUGGCAAUUUCUGGCAGUCUCGACAUGAAGCUAAUCAAAGUCAUAGUUCUCGGGGAACUUCGAACAUUGUUUCAGAAUAUGAUCACCUCAUCACAGUCUUGCGUGGCUCCUACUCGAGAACUUGCUAGGUUGACACUUAUCAGCCCUGGAAACGAGGAAGCCAUUCGUCGAAGGUCGACAAUAUCCAAACCCCAGACAUUGGGGGAAAUUGGCGGGGCACCUAUUUUAGGACCCCUUGGGCCUCCUCAGCCCAUUGUCGAGAUGAAAAGCGAGCAUCUCGUGAGCUCAGGCGCUGACCAGCAGAUCCCUACCAAGGGUGGAAGUGACGCGGACAGUGAAGAGACGUUGGUAUCCGAGAGAAAUGACCCUGCACCACCUGCGCAUUCUGCUGUCGAAGAAAAUGAGCAAACUAAUUCCGAAAAAGCACUUUCUGAAGCUGAAGGUUAUGUGAAGAUCGAGGCCGGUGACCCUGCUUCGUCUACGCCUGAACAUCCCGGCCGACCACCACCCGUUCCCCCAAGACCUGUCGUCGAAGUCGAUCGUCAGAAACAAUUGCUGGAAGAGGUAGAAAUCGGUGCGCAGCAGGAUGUUACGGAAGUGAUCAACAAUGUUCUCUUCCAAAGCCAGUGCGCCAUCAAACCGCGAAGUGUGGCCAGUGACGGGGAGCAGGUGGACCAGAUUAAAGAUUUGUUCUACGGCGAAAGUCGAUCCUACAUUUCUACUCAAGCUGGCACCCGAUCCAAAGAGGAAAGAUGGUGCGAUAUCAAGGUUGAUGUGGCGCAUGGUUCACGGGAUAUCUACUCUGCCCUCGAUGGCGCUUUUGAUGCCCAAAAUAUCAGCGUUGAGAACUCCGUAGCCGAACAAUUUGGCUCGAUCACCCGGCUUCCUCCCAUUCUUCAAGUCCAAGUUCAACGCGUCCAGUUCGAUCCAGUCAAGAAGAGCUCUUUCAAAUCGACAAAUCAUCUUGGGCUUCUGGAAACCAUUUACAUGGAUCGAUACAUGGAUACCCAGAAGCCAGAGAUUGUGAACAAACGCCGUCAAGGCUGGGAACUUAAGAAAGCUCUCAAGACGUGUGAGGAACGCAAGCUAGAGCUCAUGAGGAAACAGGAAACUGAUGGCCAAGAUUUGGCGCAGCUGCUUCGGGGCACUAGAGAUGUGCUUCGAGAUCUGCCGUGGGAGGAAGAAGGAAAUGUUGACGCCAAUGAGUCACUUAGCAAUGAGAUUGACCAGCUCGCUCAGGCCGCGGAGGCCGAGCUUCAAGGCCUCGACACGGAGAUUGAGACCAUACAGACCCAAAUCUCGAAUCAAUUUGCCGAAUACAGACACCUACCUUAUCGGUUAUACGCAGUGUUUGUGCACCGUGGGUCUGUUUCUUUCGGACAUUACUGGAUCUAUAUCUACGAUUUCAACCGUGACAUCUGGCGCAAGUAUAACGACGAGUACGUGACCGAGGUCCAGAAUCUCGAUGAGAUAUUCAAGAACAACGAUCCCGCAAACCCGCCCACCCCGUACUUCCUUGUCUAUAUAAACGACAGAAUGAGAGAUCGUUUAGUCGAUCCAGUUUGCCGUGACCUCGCUGAGCCGAUGCCCGACGUGCAGAAUAGUGACGCCAACCUCGCGGGCGCUGUUCAACCCACAGAAGCCCCUCCUCAAGACGACGUGCCUAUGGAUCAGUCGACUGAUUAG